AUGGCUGCAUUGUCAUGGGAAAGGUUCAAGGAAGAGUUUGACAACAGAUUCUUUCCAGACUCUGUCAAACAACUGAAGGCCCAGGAGUUCGCUUCCUUAACACAAGGUAGUUUGACUGUGGAGCAAUAUGCUGCUAAGUUCAUAGCAUUAGGAAGGUUUGCACCCCACUUGAUUUCAACUCAAAAGAUGCAAGCAGAAAAGUUUCAAGUAGGACUUCUGUCAAGAAUCCGAAGUCAGGUAGCUUGCCUCAGAAUAGAGAAUUACCAAGAGUUGGUAAAUGUAGCGGCGAUAGCAGAGGCUGAGCAGAAGGAAUUGGCGAUCCAGAAUCUUACCGAUCGAAAGAGGGUCAUGCCAUUUGCUACCAGUAGUAGUGCUGAGAAAAGGAGGUCUUUUUCUAGUCCGGAGAAAGGUAAGGAAAUAAUGACAGGAGGACAGAAGUCGUCCUUUUAUUCACCAUGCUCUAAGUGUGGUAAGCGUCAUCCUGGAGAAUGUCAUAGGGGAUAUAGAGUCUGUUAUCGAUGCGGGAAACCUGGACAUAUGAUUAAAGAUUGUCCCAACACCAUGCAAGGUAGUGGAGCUGGUGAUCGCAAGCCAAGCCCCCACAUCCCGGCACGCGUGUAUGCAGUAACACCAGGUGAUUUUGAUGUUGAUGCACCUAAAGCUGAUGAAGCUGGCGUCAUGACUGGAAGGGUUAAUUUGUUUAGGUUCUCGGCUUGUGCACUAUUCGAUUCAGGUGCGUCACAGUCCUUUGUGUCUGCAGCAUUUGCACGAAUUUGUAGUUUACAGACUGAGCUUUUACCACAACGGGUUGUAGUAUUAAUUCCCGACGGGAAUACAGUAUCUUGUACCCGUUUAGUUAAGGAUUGUCCGUUAGAGCUAGAAGGAAGGACACUGAAGGCUAACUUGUUAGUAUUCGAUCAGAUGGAAUUCGACCUGAUUUUGGGGAUGGACUGGCUUUUCAAGCACUACGUUAAGAUAGAUUUCUGGAAACAAGAGGUUGUGUUUGAACCUCCAACUGAAGACAGGAUGAGUUACGCAAGAACAUCAGUUAAGGCCACCCCACCUUUGAUCUCGGCGUUGCAAGCUAGGAAGUGUAUCGAUGACGGAGCAUCAGCGUUUCUAUUAAUAACUGUAGAGGAGACAACCAAAACUAUAGGAAUCCAAGGGAUACCUGUGGUUGAAGACUUUCCUGAAAUUUUCGUUGAUGAGUUACCUGGUUUACCCCCGGAUAGAGAAGUAGAAUUCCAAAUAGAGUUGGAGCCGACAACAACUCCAACUCACAAGGCGCCAUAUCGUAUGGCCCCUACCGAAUUGAAGGAGCUCAAGCUACAAUUGGAGGAACUUUUGGAGAAGGGAGCAACAGUAUUUUCAAAGAUUGACCUGAGAUCCGGAUAUCAUCAGUUAAAAGUUAAGGAUCAGGAUGUGCUGAAAACUGCCUUUAGGACAAGGACUCGAAUGUGUGCUAAUGCAAGAAGGGAAAGUGGUUGCUUAUGCUUCACGACAAUUGAAGGAUCACAAGCAGAAUUAUCCUACUCAUGA